AUGGGCUUUACUUGCAGUAGCAGACUCCCAACUAGAGACAAAGUACCAAUAGCUCCCAACAGAGUAGCCUCCCACAUUGUAGCAACUCCAAGAGAACUUAGAGAUCGUAAUCACACCACCAAAGUCAAACAAGAACUAAAAAUACCAAAGUCUGCAUGCCCGCCUACAUCUCAAUACUGUGACGAGUUUAGUCCAGAAGAAAUUAUUUCAGCAAUAUUAGACAAAUAUCGAAAAAUCGAGGCUACCCGUGAACUCGAGAAAUGGUUCUCGGAGAGAUGCGAAGAAAUCAAACAGUGCGAAAAGGUAUACGACUAUCACAAUAUGUAUAGGAAGACAAAGGAACUCACAACAAAGAAAAGCUACAAUAUUUUAUCGAAAGGGCUGUGCGAUGAUAAUGGAAAUCUACAACUAGACCCCGACCAAAUAGUUAGAAUCUGGGAAACUUAUGUGGAACAACUGUUUAAUAAUGACCGUCCUAGUUUGUAUACACUGAGCAAUGAUGAUACUGGCCCUUCUAUUCUAAAAUCAGAAGUGGAGAAUGCUAUAAACGAUCUUAAAAAUAAAAAAAGACCAGGCAACGAUAACGUAUACGGGGAAGUAUUGAAAAUGCUGUGCGAAACAAACAGUCAAUUUCUAGACUCACUCGUCAGACAAAAGGCUAUGGCCCAAUGCAAAGAAAACCGAAGUGUGCUUCCCCGAGCCAACUCCUUAUAUCAGGAACAUUUCAACCUGACCAACGCUCGGAGAGGAAAAUGGGACAGCGACUUACCACAGAAAGGACACGAAAUAGCCUCUACCUAUCAGAAACCGUCAGACUUUAAACUGACCCGCAAUACAUGGACAACGCUAAACAGAAUAAGAACAAGCAGCGGUAUAUGUGCUGACAGCUUAUAUAAAUGGGUAAAAGCCCUUACUCCUGAGUGUGACUGUAGAGCGCAACGGAAGACCGUCCCUCACAUUGUUGAAGAAUGCCUCCGAAGGCGAUUCCAUGGAGUUUUCGAUGAGUUCCUGAAUGCGACUGAAAAUCCAAAACACACAAAAAAAAGAGAAGCGCUUUUAAGCAUACAAGUAUUGAUACAACGAGCAAAAGGUGUUAAUACAGAUGUCUUUACCUGUUUUAUUGACUUUGAAAAGGCAUUUGACAAAGUACAGCAUGAGAGGUUUAUUGAAACUUGGCGAAUCACAAACAUCGAUGACAAGGAUAUAAGAAUAAUAACCAAUCUCUAUAGAAAACAAGUAGCCAAGAUUCGAGUAGACAAUCAAUUAUCCGAUGAAGUACAAUGCCAAGAGGAGUACGACAAGACCGCAUUAGUUCCUGAACGCGAUAGAGUACACGCAAAGAUCGCAGAAUGCCAAUGGGAAUUAGGUUCAACUGUAGACGAACUUACGAACGUUAAAAAUGGAUAUAUAACCCCUGAAACCGGCAGGCAAGUUCUUUGUGUUCAUCGUAAAUUGGGAAUCUUGGAUCAUAAUGGAGACAUUGUUCCUUAUGAGUACUUAAGACACGUUCAAGCUGUUACUCUUGACAAGGGUCGUCAGAUACAGUUUCUAGGAUGCAGCAGACCUCAAGGAGAAAAUGCUGAAAUUAAAGCUAUUAAUUUUGAUAGAUGCUUCCAAUCCAUUUUACAAAUAAUGGGUCGUGAUUGAUUUAUCUAAAAAAUAGUUUUUUUACCGAUACAAUGUAUUAUGAUGUAAAAUAUAGUUAUGUCGUUUAAAUAAAUAUUUUUUUUUCCUGAAAAAUGGGUAUGGUAGAGUAAAUUAGUCAGACUUGUUUUUGUUUAUUGUUAAAGUCGACUAAAUUUUAAUUAUUAUUGAUUGCAGAUUUAUAGCCAAAAAUUUCUUAUUAUCAAAAUGUUGGUGCU